UAUUUGCUUGCAGAGAAGGGGACUAUACGGGCAGCAACUCAAUCAAUUACACAGUCGACAUGGCAAGGCUCUCCAAUGCCCUCAAGGCCCUAAUCAACUCGCCUGUGGCGCGACCAGGCACCGUGCCUGCUCCUCGCAACAUCCAAUCCGUGUACCAGAAGAUCCAGCAGGAGGCGCUGUCGAAUAAUCUCUCGCAGCCAUCAUGGCUGGCCGUGUCGACAGCCGCAACAAUAACCAUGAACUCCCCCGAAUCCCUCGCAAUCCUGUACAACUCAGCCACUGCAUCGCAAACCCCCGAGCAAAGACUCGCAACGGCCGAAUUGAUGCGUGAAAUCGGUCUGAAAUGCAUCAGUUUCAACGGCAUCCCCCGUACAAUCAACAGCCUAAACGCCUUCAAGACCAGCCUCCCCGAGUCCAUCAGCGAGAAGCUCUCCACGGUCCCAACCCGCGAACUCACCCCGGAGAACAUCAACGAGGUCCGUGCCCGUGGUCGCGCGCUGUGGGACUCCAUCUACCGACCCUUCGAGACAAAGCUGUACGAUAAACUCGGUGCCUCUCAUCCUGACAUGCCCGUUUACAUUCUCAAUGCCCAUUACGGUGCGCUCCUGUCUGAUCCCGCCGGGCGGACUACCGGGGCUAAUCUGGGGAGGCUGUUGACUUCCGUCGUUGGGAUUUGCUGUCUGCGUGCGCAGGGUGGUGUGGGACCGCAGGUUCUUUCCCAUGUGUUUGGUCUGCGCAAGGCUCUGGAGGAUGGGACGUGGGCCAACGACGUGGAGAGCGAAGAGGGCGCGAAGUGGUUGGCCGGGGAAGAGGGCAAUACGUGGAUCUUGAGCAGUGUGGACAAGAUCGUGGAGGCUAUCAGCGAGGGUCACGGCUCGAACUUUGCAUCGGGAAGGCCUAGGCUGUGA